AUGGACAGCAUCAAGGCUCGCUGCGAGGAGGGCAAGGUCGUCCUGGAGACCGCCAAGAUGGACCCUCGCUUCCCCCAGACCAACCAGACCAAGGCCUGCUACGUCUGGUACAACGAGAUGUACAAGUGCUACUCCCAGAAGGGCAAGGAGGAUGCGGCGUGCCUGAAGAUCAAGAAGGACGUGCGCUCCAUCUGCCCUGACGAGUGGCUGGAGACUUGGGAGGAGCACCGUGAGAACGGCACCUGGUGGGGAAAGUACUGA